UCCGAAAGCCGGAUUGAGCCCAAAUUUCAUAUACGAGCUUCCUGCAGCGAGGGGAUAUUAAGACGGUCUCGGAUUUUAAUUCGGGGUUCGUUCCUGAAAUUGACGUUUUAGUACGGGAAGCUUAAAUCGGUGUUUGAACGACCAGAACUGGUGAGGGAUUAGCACGGCAUACCGGGUUUGUCGUAUCACGAUAAUUAUAUUGAUACUUAGAAUUGAUCUAGGUGAACUAGAAUGGCAUGAUUA